AUGUCUGCUUCAACUUCAACUUCAACGAAUCCUAUCACUAUUCCACCUUUCAUCUUCAAGAACAUGGAAUAUGUUGGGAACAAGAUGGAAUUCUCAGAAUCGCUUUUAACUCUUUUGCCUAAGAAGAUGGUCGAUUUCAAUAGCUUGAAAGCUAAUGGGUAUGAUGUUAAACCAUACUUCACUUCUCAAGGUUGGGACAUGUAUUUUGAGAUGUUGAACGGUCCAAUCUAUCCAGAUCUCCUUAGGCAUUUCUGGAUGAAAGCUAAGGUCUUCACCAAGGUCGAAGCAAAGCAAGAAGAACUCCUAGCUAUUGAAAGAAAUCCAAGUCUGAAAGGAAAAUCUAGAAAGGAGAUGGGUCUUCUUGAGUUUACUUGUACUCAGAUUAAGUCUAACGUCUGCGGCAUAAAUCUCACCUUCUUAAAGGUUCACUUCAACGCUCUACUUGGGUUGACAAACUCUGGUAUGAUUUUGGACAAUUUUGAAAAGGAUACUAGAUUCAGAGAAGAUCUUCUGCACAGGAUGUUUACCGAAUUGAAGCUAAAGGGUAAAGUCAAGGGAAUGACUGAUGAGUGCAGGGUUUUGUUUAAAAUAAUCAUAUCAUCUAUCUGUCCAAGAUUAGGUGGUACUGAUACAAUCUCUUGGCCUCAUCGUCAUUUGAUUUAUUUUCUUCUGACUGAUAGAAAGGUUAAUCUGGGAGAUUACCUAUUUGAAAGGGUAUGUGAAGCUAUUUUCUUCAGCAAGUCUCAGAGGAGAACAACCAUUGUUCAUCCUAGAUUGCUGUCUGACUUACUUUUUCAAGGGAGAAUCGUAAAGCAGCUUCAGAAGUUUUAUCCAGAACUUGUUGAGAAUAAGAUUAUGCCAGAAGUUCUGACUGCAAACUUCUUAGCCAAAAUGCAUCUCAUCAACACUAAGGUGGUUCAACCUUCACAAGAUUUCCAGGUACGCACAGAAGAUCCCUUUUAUGUAGGUGGUUAUCCAAUAGUUUCUGAAUUGGACUGUGAAGAAGUAAUUCAGAACUACUUGGAAAGGCUUAAGGGAGAAGGAUAUAAUGUUACUAGGGAAAUGGUACCAAAUGAGCCAAUUGUCAGUUUGUACAAACCUAGGCAGAGGAAGUCCAAAAGAAAGGCUGAAACUCAAGAGGAACAAGUUCAGCCAGAUCUUCUUGCUCAGAAGAAAAUCAAGGUUGCUGAGGAAUCCUCUAGAGCUCCUAAGAGGAAACUUAAGCUGGAUGAUGAUGAAGAUGAUUCAGAAGAGACACGCUCUGAUGAGGAAACUUUUGCUGAUAGGCUGAGAAAGAAACAAGUUCCUGUUUCAAAAGGUAAGACUCCUAAGAUCUCUUUUAAUGAAGCUGAAAUUGGAUUAGGUUUCACCAAACCUCUUAGAACCAUUCACCCUAACCCCAUCAAUAUUUCAGACUCAGAGGAACAAAUUUGUUCAACUGAUGAGCUGAUCAAAGAAGGUAAGAAAAAUCUUUCAAAACUUACCUCUUCUGAUAAGUCUCAGCAGAUGGACAAACAAGUUCUUUCUGAAGAUCCCCUUCAUGAACUAGAAAAACAUCUUAGCCCUGACUCUCUAAACAAUCACCCUUUCUCUCACGAAACCACCAAACCAAAAUCACCAUCACCACAAACUCAACCACAAAUAGAAACAUCUGCCAAACAAUCAUCUGAUCCACAACCAGAAAUAUCUCCUGAACCCAUACACUCUCCCACAGAACAACCCAAACAAACCUCUCCUAUCAAAUCUCCUGAACCAACUUCUGAACCCACAAACUCUGAACAAAAUUCUGAACCAAACCCAACCUCAAGUGCUGAACAUGUAUCUCCUGAACGUGUUCACACUUGUGUUCCUUGUCCUUCAGAAGUAACUGUUGUUCAUAAUACCAACUCUGCUUCUGAAUCAUCCAAGGUUUACACAAUCCCUUUUACCUAUCCCACAACAUCUGACCCUUUUGGAAGCAUAUCCAAUCAGCUUUAUGAUGAUCUUUUAAGGUUGUCUAAACUUAAGAACAGGUUCUUAGUGUGUCUGUCUGAUGUGGAUGUUGAGGUUUCUGCUAUCAAGGCCAAGAUUUGUGAUGCUCUGGAUAUGGUUGGGAAGGACAUCAAAGCUGAGAUUGGUAUACGGGACAUGGAGGUUGUAAGUCUGCUGAGGGAUUUUCUUGCUAGAGCUAGUCUGAAGAGAUUGACCAUGUUUAAUCAUGAAGAAGCUGAGAUCUCUAAGGCUGCAGCUUUAUCUGCAAGGCAAGCUGCUGAUGAUAUGCUUCUGCAUGUGCUCAACAACUUCUGGGUGAACUCCAAAUUGUUCAAGUGCUUAGAGGAUCAGAGGAUAGAAACUGAGAGGAUCGCUCAAGAGACUGCAUUGCUCACUCAAGAACAAGUGCCUAUGAUAGAGGAACAAGUGCUUAUGAUUGAUUAUUCAGAGGAUGGUGAAUCUUCAUCUGAUAAAGGAAAAGCUCCUAUGGAAGCAAAUGUGGAUCAUCUGAGGGUCUUGGAGCAAGCUAUUGAAGAGCAGAGGUCCGAACACCAAGUUCUUGCAACCAAGGUGGAUAAGCUGGAUUACAAAGUGGACACUCUGAACAACAAAUUUGAUAUGAUCAUAGCCCUCCUCCAAAAACCCUAG